GGCCAGACCGCCGUCGUCCAUCCGCUCGCUGGCCGACGUAUUGCACAGCGACAUGGCCCGUCACUACCACCAUGGCAGCGUCGCGCACGCCGUCGCCGUCGCUCGACGCAUCCCGACGCCCCUCGCCAUCCUCAUCGGCGUCAUCCUCGGAGCAGUGGUCUCCCGCCUCUUCUCGUACUCGACGAAACCCUCGACUCCCGCCUGGCGGGGCUCACACGGCUCCAUGUCGUCUUCGACCAAGCUGAGCUCGCGCAACAGAAUCGCUCUUCCGACGUUGGAGAAACGGCUGAGGGUUCUCGAAUUGUUGUCAACUCUGAGUCCGCACUACACGAAGGAGUGCACGCGUUCGGCCCGACCACUCUAUCGCGACCAAGUCCGUGACCGCUACGCGCCGCUGAUAGGCCACCAAUCGCCUUCAUCGUCGCGUUCAUGGUUCAACUUUGGCUCCGGGUCCCUGGCAGACGACGAAGACCUCCACGCCGAGCACCGAAAACGCGAUUUGCAGGCAGGCGGCCACAAGUACUUCUUCGCCAUCAACCUCUAUAACUCAUUCGAUGUAAUCCCCGACCUCUUUGCUACCCUCUUCCGCGUCGCCUCCGUGCUUGGAUACCCGAACGUGUUUGUGUCCAUCUAUGAGAACGGAUCAACCGAUCAGACCAAGGCCCUCCUCCGCAUCUUCGACGCGCUCACCAGCUCGGUGGGCAUGCGCGUUGUCAUCCGCACCUCCCGUCGAACUCGAGGCGCGUUCAAUCAUCGUAUUGAGUACCUCGCUGAAGUCCGCAACGCCGCCUUUGGACCCCUACACGAGCUUCGUGACGAGCAGGGCGAAUACUUUGACACCAUCAUCUUCAUGAACGACAUUCUCCCCUGCGUCGACGACCUUCUCGAACUCAUUUGGCAAUCACGACGGAACAACGCCGGCAUCACCUGCGCUGCGGAUUACAUGUACCACGACGAGAUCGGUGCGCCUGUCUUCUACGACAACUGGGUCGCACGCGACAUCAACGGAACUGCCCUUGAGAACGCGCCGUUCGAGAGCGUCUUCCACCACCCAGAUUCGUCAGAUUUGUUCCAGAGGCAUUUACCGAUACAGGUGCAGAGCUGCUGGAACGGCAUCGCCAUCCUCGACCCAGCGCCGUUCUACAGCCCCCCACAUGUUCGCUUCCGCAUGGCUCGCAUCACGGAGGGCGAAUGUUCAGCUUCCGAAUGUUCGCUCAUAUGCAACGACUACUGGGAUGCGGGUUAUGGGCGUAUUAUGAUGGUACCGAGAGUGAAACUUGCAUACGAUCGGAAAGUUUACGAGAUUAUUCACCCUCCACGCCGAAACCUUUCCGCCAUUCGCGGCUACGCUCGCUUAGGUGGUUUACCCGAAAAUCCCCGCACGGACCCGCAAGAUCGUUCUUGGUUUGGCCCACAUGACCGUUUGUUCACUGAGGAAGAGACUGUGCCGAUCGACUUUGUACCAGGACCACCAUAUGUUUGGUGUUGGGGCUGGGACGGCGCCGGCGAUCUCGACGGGCCGGAUGUUGAUCCCAUCUGGGAACCGCGCACCAAUAUGUCGACAAGCAAGGACUCGGUUCGCGUGCGACACGAUCGCAGUAUACACCUCGAACUGUGAAACACCAAUGCUAGAGCUACUCAGUGAAUCAGAAAUUGGUUCGAGGGUUUGCUUGGCAAGCACGCAUGACGUCGAGGAGCGAAUUGAAACAAGCCGAUGGCUGCGAUGCAUCUUCGUGCACCGGAGUCGUUGAAAUCAAUCACGUACAUCGGACACGACGAAGGCGCGAGACGUCACCUACGUCACCAUGCUCGCGCAUGGGAAGUGCAUGGAUUCUUUCCUGCUCAACGCUCGAUGUCAAUCUCUUGGAAAUACUCUAUUAUAUGCAUAGUCGAGUCUCGUAUCAGUCGUAGAUCGUUAACAUAUAUUGUGAGCACUCGCAUCGGGUACCGGUCGAGCAGCGAUGCGAGCGUAAUGUAUAGAAGCGCUCAAGCAUUUCGCCUCGCGAGAUGCGCGCUGGUUUUUGAAUUUCACCUCCC